GGACCCCGCGCCGCCCGGCCGCCUCCGAGCGCGGGCCCCAAUGUGAGGGGCCCCCCCUUAUCCCACCUUUCCGGCUAGGUGAGGGCGCGAGCGGGCGAGCGAGCGAGCGUGGUGCGGGGGGACGGAAAAGCAGAAUUACCUGUAGCUCUUGUUCUGCCAUCUCGGGCGCUCUCACACACCUUCACCUGCACAGACUUGAAAGUCCAGUUUCACCAGAGGCUGAGGCUCCAGGAAAAGGGGAGCGAGUUCAUUGGAUCAAACAUGUCACAAGAGUCGGACAAUAAUAAACGACUGGUGGCCUUAGUGCCCAUGCCCACGGACCCUCCGUUCAACACCCGAAGAGCCUACACGAGUGAGGAUGAAGCCUGGAAGUCAUAUUUGGAGAAUCCCCUGACAGCAGCCACCAAGGCGAUGAUGAGCAUCAAUGGUGAUGAGGACAGCGCUGCUGCCCUUGGCCUGCUGUAUGACUACUACAAGGUUCCUCGGGACAAGAGGCUGCUGUCUGUGAGCAAAGCAAGUGACAGCCAAGAAGAUCAGGACAAAAGGAACUGUCUCGGCACCAGCGAAGCCCAGAGUAACUUGAGCGGAGGAGAGAACCGAGUCCAGGUCCUAAAGACUGUCCCCGUGAACCUGUCCCUAAACCAAGACCACCUGGAGAAUUCCAAGCGGGAGCAGUACAGCGCCAGCGUCCCCGAGAGCCCGGCCAUCAUCCCCGUGUCGGGGAUCACGGUGGUGAAAGCCGAAGACUUCACGCCCGUUUUCAUGGCCCCGCCCGUGCACUAUCCCCGGGGAGACGGGGAGGAGCAGCGCGUGGUGAUCUUUGAACAGACGCAGUACGGCGCGCCCGCCAUGGCCAGCCACGGCCCCUACCUCAAGGAUGACCAGCGCAGCACCCCGGACAGCACCUACAGCGAGAGCUUCAAGGACGGCACCUCCGAGAAAUUUCGGAGUGCUUCAGUCGGGGCCGAGGAAUACAUGUAUGACCAGACAUCAAGCGGCACGUUUCAGUACACCCUGGAGGCCACCAAGUCUCUCCGCCAGAAGCAGGGGGAGGGCCCCAUGACCUACCUCAACAAGGGACAGUUCUACGCCAUAACGCUCAGCGAGACGGGCGACAACAAAUGCUUCCGACACCCCAUCAGCAAAGUCAGGAGCGUGGUGAUGGUGGUCUUCAGUGAAGACAAGAACCGCGACGAGCAGCUGAAGUACUGGAAGUACUGGCACUCCCGGCAGCACACGGCGAAGCAGCGGGUCCUGGACAUCGCGGAUUACAAGGAGAGCUUUAAUACGAUUGGAAACAUUGAAGAGAUUGCAUAUAAUGCGGUUUCCUUCACCUGGGACGUGAAUGAGGAGGCCAAGAUCUUCAUCACUGUGAAUUGCCUGAGUACAGAUUUCUCUUCCCAAAAAGGGGUGAAAGGACUUCCUUUGAUGAUUCAGAUCGAUACAUACAGUUAUAAUAAUCGUAGUAAUAAACCCAUUCAUAGAGCUUAUUGCCAGAUCAAGGUCUUCUGCGACAAAGGAGCAGAAAGAAAAAUCCGAGACGAAGAGAGGAAGCAGAACAGGAAGAAGGGGAAAGGCCAGGCCUCCCAAACCCAAUGCAACAAUUCCUCUGAUGGAAAGUUGGCAGCGAUACCCUUACAAAAGAAGAGUGACAUCACCUACUUCAAAACGAUGCCUGAUCUGCACUCGCAGCCGGUCCUCUUCAUCCCCGAUGUUCACUUUGCAAACCUGCAGAGGACAGGACAGGUAUAUUACAACACGGAUGAUGAACGAGAAGGCAGCAGUGUCCUUGUUAAACGGAUGUUCAGGCCCAUGGAAGAGGACUUUGGCCCAACACCUUCCAAGCAGAUAAAAGAAGAAGGGAUGAAGCGAGUGCUUUUGUACGUGAGGAAGGAGACUGAUGAUGUGUUCGAUGCCUUGAUGUUGAAAUCUCCCACCGUGAAGGGCCUGAUGGAAGCGAUAUCCGAGAAAUACGGGCUGCCCGUAGAGAAGAUAACAAAGCUUUACAAGAAAAGCAAAAAAGGCAUCUUGGUGAACAUGGACGACAACAUCAUUGAGCACUACUCCAAUGAGGACACCUUCAUCCUCAACAUGGAGAGCAUGGUGGAAGGUUUCAAGAUCACACUCAUGGAGAUCUGAGCCUGGCCGGCUUGCCCUCGCAGGACCCCUCCGUGCACUCCUCCCUGGGAAAGGAGGAGCCCAGCCCCAGAACCCGCAGACCCACCUCACCCAUCUCACAACUGCUGUUACACGACCGUGCUGGGGGCGGGGCCAGGCGUACAGCCCCACUCCUUGUCAGUGCGUCUGGCCCGUCCACCAGCUCCUGCUCUGGAGCUGAGGCCGGAGCCCCUCGGGAAGGGACCUUGCGUCUGUCAGACCCUUAUUUAUUGCCCACCGUUUUCUGGAGCCCAGGACCCGGCCUGCCCGGACUCUGCAGGUCACCACUGGCUCCAGAUGACGCCAUCAAGAGCCUUCAAGGGCAGCCCCGCUAACCUAUUCAUCUCGAAGAGCCUGAGAAGGUCUGGUCUCACCUGUCUCGCCUCUCCACUUCUCCCGCGUGGCUGGACAAAAUGAGCUGCUCCUGGGUGCCGUGGUCAGAGGUGGGGUAAGAGGUGGGGGUCCCCGUGCUGGUCAACCCUUCAGGUUGACCGGGGAAGGUCAUCUUGCUAGAUACCUCCCGGGUCCCCAGCAAGUGGCCAUCGGGCCUUGUGCAGGAAGACAUUCAGCUGCCAUGUACUUAGUGGGUGACACAGAAGGCAUGCUGGCUAUCAUGUACAUAGUGUUUAUAAUAUUGCAAUAAUAUAUUUUGCCUGUGGUAUGUGGGCAUGUUUACUGCCACUGCCCUUGGGGAGGCACUGCUUUCUACAAGAGGUUUCUGCCUCUGUGCUGUGUGGGAGACACACUGGGCUAGAGAGGUGGCCUCCAGGGUGUAGGUGACUAUGGUGGGUGCCAAGACAAGCUCCAGGGGGCACGGCCAGGACUCAGUCCUGUCCACAGAGGGAGCCCCGUCCUCUCCCGUGGGCACGCCUACUCUGGAGCCGCCUCUGUCUCCCGGUGAUGUGCUUUGCUUGGGUCUCCUCUGAGCUGCCUUGUGGGAAGGGUCAGAGAGCCUGAGGCCCCAGCUCCUCCAGCUUUGGUGCUGGCACUGCCUGAGCUUGUCAUGAGGAGCCUGGCCACCGUGCAGUGCCGCGCAGUUUACCAGCAUGUCCUUCAUCUCAAGUGGCCCCCUUAACGCCCGACUGCAGUGCUGAGAGCGGUGCCAGCAGCUCAUGUCUGAACAGACAGGCCAGGGCGGCCUCCUGGGCCUCAGUGCUGGAGUGGGAGGGACCAGUUGCCUCUGCUCCUGGCUGCUGGAUUGGGAAGGAGGGACAGUGCCCGAAGAGCUCUGGCUCUUCUGAAACCAGCCUGCAGAGGAGAACUCCACCUCCUGCUGCAGGUCCUGAGAGAUGACGAGAAAACACACUUCCCUAGACAAUUGCAAAAGCUUGAACCCUCCUAGGCCACUUCUCUCUUUGAGGGAACAGGUAGGUGGUCCAGGGGUUUGCAUUCACCUGCGUGGGUGAAGAACCAACUUUUUGGUAGCCAGACACAUCCCCCACCCAAGAUCCGAGAUCCAGGACAGGUUUUAUGUAAGGGCCCAGAUUUGUUUGUAAAGCACUUUGAUGUCUUAUCUUUCUCUCCGGGGGCUCCCUGCCCUCCCAGCCACCUGCCCGUGGGGCCCCUAGCAGGAUGGACAGGCUGCCUACAGCCCAGCUGUUUCUCGUUGAUGCUACAGAGGAUUUGGAUGGAAUGGAGGGCAGGUGCCAUGCUUAGGAAGAGCUCUGGGUGGCGGAUAGGGGGCACCUUCCUGUGUGUCUUCUGGACAACUCAUCCCCCACCCUUCCCAUGGUGCCAAAGGUUUGCAUCCUGGGCUCAGCUCUGCUCCUGUCUGUCCCCUCCUUCUCCAGUCUGUGACUGUCGGACUAGCAGCUGCAGGACCCUCCUGGGUCCUGAUGGGGCUCUGUUCUAAGAUGGACACACUCAGUGUUGGAAAUACCUGAUAUACUAUGCACUUCCCAUGCUCCUUGCCUUAGGGGUGGUUUCAAACAUGAUUGGUGGACACAAUGGCAAAUACUAUUGGACUAGGGCAUAGGACUCCAGGUGAGGGAAGAGAUGUUAAAAUAUUGGCAAUUUGACACAGGCUACCUACCCUUCUCUCUGGACUCUGUGGAGAAAAUGUUUGCUGGUCCUGCCCUAGGCAGAGAAUAAAUCAGAAAUGCUUUUGCCUUUGUCCCCGGUCACUGAGCAAUCAUUGCGGUGGCCACUGCCAGAACAAAGAAUAUGCGGUCAGUGCCACCAAAGAGUGGUGCCGAGUGCCACCUCCCAUCCGAUCUGUCCCUCAUGUUUACCAGGGUCCCUCUGCGUUCUCAGCGUGCCCAUGGCUUAGCUAUGAUUUGUUCUUCACUAUGGAAGGUAGCAGAGUUCUGACAAGGAAAAUUUCCUGAGCAAAAACACUCCAGAAAAAUAGGAAAUGUUGCCUCCUCUUCUUUUGUUGUCCCCUAAGUUAAUCACAGUCAAAUAAAUAAGCUUUUUUUAAAAAAAAUCCAUGUACAACGAGGGACAUGUGAAACAAGUGUUUUAAGUACAGACCCAAAUUGCUUAAACUGGACAGGUGUUUGGAAAUUGGGACCCACAGAAAAAUGCAGUCAGAUGUCAUCUUGGAAUUGGACCCUGAAAGACCGAGGCCCGUCCCAUGCCACAAGCACAGGAAGCAUGGAACGAAGCGAACAUUCAUUUUCCUUCUUAUUUAAAAUCAUGAAAUGCAACGAAAACAGAGGGUUUGUGCCAAAUUCUAUGAACAGCCCUUUCUUAAGGACAAGCAAGGGAGAUUGAUAGAUGGACAAUUUGCUCUUGUGUUUAAAAAAAAAAAAGGCAAAUGUAACUUAAUAGUUUUGUAAAUGGGAGAGGGGGAAUCUAUAAACUAUAAAUACCGUUAUUUUAUUUUUUGUACAUUUUUAAGAAGAAAAAAUAAAUAUUCAUAAAGUAAGAGUAAA